GUCAUUUUUGUAGAAAACACGACAGUAACUUAUUCAAUAUGAAACAUUUUCACAUGAUUAUUCUUUUUGAAUCGUUGGUUCUUCUCACAAUCUUUCAGCCUGCCCUUACACAAGAAAAUCCAGUACAAGCAUUGUUUGCGGGAUUUCUAAGAAACCUUUACUUCAGUCGAUCUUCAACAACAACAGAUUUCAACACAGUCGCUCAAUUUCUUGAAGCUGCGAGAGGAAGGAAGCCAGACGCAACUUAUGCUAGUCAUGGAAGAAGAAAUCAAUUCACAGAUAAAAUUGAUAAAGUUCACAGAGAUAGCCAAGAUAACAGACUGAAUGACCCAACAAAUAUAGCACCAAGACUUCUUCAAGUUCUCUCGAACUCUCUCAGGGAUACCCUCAACCGAGAAAGUCACAAGAAACAGAAACGAAAAUUUAACAAAAUGAAAAUCGCAAUUUUGGUAUUGUCAUUGAUUGUUGUUGCAACUGCCGCUCCACAACGUUUCCCUCCACGUGGCUUCAGAGAACUCGAAGUUGCUGAACCUUUCCCAGAAGAACAACGUGCUGCACCAAACACAUCUGAUCUCCUCAGUCUUCUAACCAGAAGCUUGUCAUCAACAGGAUCUUCAAGAAUCGCUCCAACUCGAGGUGGUGGCGAUGGAGGUCUUCUCAGACUUAUUCUUCAACUCGCUGCUGGUGAACUCGGAUUAAACGGCUUAGAUGAGAGAACAGACUCAGUUGAACAAGAAGUUGUUCUUCGUAAUAUCAUCCGUGCUGUUACAAGCCUCGUCGGCAGUGCUCUGUUGAGCUAAACUUAAACACAUCUCAUUUGCGAAUAUUUAUUUCACAUCCGCUUAAGAUGCUAUAUUUAUUUUGUAUCGAAUAAAAAAUAUUUUUUCUAAAGAAAACU